GUGACCAAGGCGCAGUCGAAGAGGGGGAGUCAUGCUUCACACCGCCGCAUCAUGCUGGCAGCCGCUCCUGGGUCUGGCCGUGGCGUUCAUCUUCGUGGGGUCCGCCCUCGGCUGCCCGGCCCGCUGUGAGUGCUCCGCCCAGAACAAGUCUGUCAGCUGCCACCGCCGGCGCCUGGUGGCCAUCCCGGAGGGCAUCCCCAUCGAGACCAAAAUCCUGGACCUCAGCAAGAACAGACUGAAAAGCGUCAACCCGGAGGAAUUCAUCUCGUACCCUCUGCUGGAGGAGAUAGACCUGAGUGACAACAUCAUCGCCAACGUGGAGCCGGGAGCCUUCAGCAGCCUCUUCAACCUGCGUGCCCUCCGGCUCAAGGGCAACCGCCUCAAGCUGGUCCCCCUGGGGGUGUUCGCGGGGCUGUCCAACCUCACCAAGCUGGACAUCAGCGAGAACAAGAUCGUCAUCCUCCUGGACUACAUGUUCCAGGACUUGCAUAACCUGAAGUCCCUGGAGGUGGGGGACAACGACCUGGUGUACAUAUCGCACAGGGCCUUCAGCGGGCUGCUGAGCCUGGAGCAGCUCACCCUGGAGAGGUGCAACCUCACCGCCGUGCCCACCGAGGCCCUCUCCCACCUCCAUGGCCUCGUGAGCCUGCACCUGAAGCAUCUCAACAUCAACCACAUGCCCGUGUAUGCCUUCAAGAGACUGUUCCACCUGAAGCACCUGGAGAUCGACUCCUGGCCUCUGCUGGACAUGAUGCCGGCCAACAGCCUCUACGGCCUCAACCUCACCUCCCUGGCCAUCACCAACACCAACCUGUCCGCGGUGCCCUUCCUCGCCUUGAAGCACCUGGCCUACCUGACCCACCUGAACCUGUCCUACAACCCCAUCAGCACCAUCGAGGCAGGGAUGUUCUCCGACCUGAUCCGCCUUCAGGAGCUGCACAUCGUGGGGGCCCAGCUCCGCGCCAUCGAGCCCCACGCCUUCCAAGGGCUCCGCUUCCUUCGCGUGCUCAACGUGUCCCAGAACCUCCUGGAAACUCUGGAGGAGAACGCCUUCUCCUCCCCGAGGGCUCUGGAGGUGCUGAGCAUCAACAACAACCCGCUGGCCUGCGACUGCCGCCUCCUGUGGAUCCUGCAGCGGCACCCCACCCUGCAGUUCGGGGGCCAGCAGCCCAUGUGCGCCGGCCCCGACACCAUCCGGGAGCGCUCCUUCCAGGACUUCCACAGCACCGCCCUCUCCUUUUACUUCACCUGCAAAAAGCCCAAAAUCCGGGAGAAGAAGCUGCAGCACCUGCUGGUGGACGAAGGGCAGACGGUCCAGCUGGAGUGCAGUGCGGACGGGGACCCCCAGCCUGGGAUUUCCUGGGUGACGCCCCGAAGGCGGUUGGUCACCACCAAGUCCAAUGGGAGAGCCACCGUGCUGGGUGACGGCACCUUGGAGAUCCGCUUUGCCCAGGACCAGGACAGCGGGAUGUACUUGUGCAUCGCCAGCAACGCCGCUGGCAACGACACCUACACGGCCUCCCUGACGGUGAAAGGAUUCGCUUCAGACCGCUUCCUUUAUGCCAACAGGACCCCUAUGUACAUGACCGACUCUAACGACACCCUGUCCAAUGGCACCAACGCCAACACCUUCUCUCUGGACCUCAAAACAAUACUGGUGUCCACAGCCAUGGGCUGUUUCACAUUCCUGGGAGUGGUUUUGUUUUGUUUCCUCCUCCUUUUUGUAUGGAGCCGGGGGAAAGGCAAGCACAAAAACAGCAUCGACCUGGAGUAUGUGCCCCGGAAAAACAACGGUGCUGUCGUGGAAGGGGAGGUGGCCGGACCCAGGAGGUUCAACAUGAAAAUGAUCUGAGGGUCUACCACUCCCACCGGUCUGUGUCACUGUCCGUAACCAGUAGGACUGCCUGGCACAGCCGAUCGCAAGGUGGAAAAGCAGCUCAGGGCAGCUGCCCCUGUGUCAGAGCAGGGUCUGUGGAAGCAGAAGGACUGUUUAUGGGGACAGGACGCUCCAUCUAGAGGCAGGCAGGCUGGCUGGUGUCAGAGCCCUUCACACAGUGAGAUACUAGUUGUUUGCAUUGCAAAUGUUGGCAUUCUGGGGGUCUCGGUAAGGAACCUGAACCUUGGCUCAUGCUCAUGGAUGGUUAUUCAGCAUUUUCUACCACUGCAGAAACAAAAGAAAAAAAUUAAAAGGAACAACCUACAAUGUAGGAUUUACAUAUUUAAAAAAAAAAAAGACACAUUUGUCUAAAAUAUACUCUACCGAAAAAUUUGUAUCUAUGAUUAUCCUUUAUUAAACCCUUGCAUCAUACCAUACUGUUGGUUUGACACAACAGAGAGAUCAAUAUAUUCUUUAUUCUUCCUUUUUUUUUUGAAACAUAUAUGCUGUAUAUGUUUUAAAGCAAUAUGAAUGAGAGGUUGUGCUUUUAGUUACUCACCACUAUAGAUCCAAGAGUGAUGUCACCUUCCUUUACACCCAGAUAACUCUGAGACCAGAUCCCCGGAGCUGUGUGGAAAGAUGCAUUUGUCUGAUGUAGGAUGCCAAGAAAUAAGACCCAAGGCAAAAAACUGCUCAACUCUGUUAACUUCUGUUACUAUAAAUAAAGGCAUGUGCCUAGUUUUGAUACAGAAUGGAAUAUUUUUUAUACUUGUGAUAUCACACUGGACCAGUUUACUGUAACCAAGCCCUUGGUUUCUCCAGAAGCUGGUAGGCCACUAGUUGUAACUGUAAAAUGAAGGUAGGUGGUAAGAAUGAAAACAAUCCAUUCAAUGACAACUUGGUAUUUCUCCCAUCGGUUGCUAUUAAUGGGUUAAUAGGAAAUGAAAGAGCAUAUAGUUAUUAUAUAUUAUAUUCAUGGGUUAAUAUUAACCUCAUAACUAAGAUCAAGAAUUCAGAUGUUUCAAAGCUCUCUGGAUAAGUUCUUUUCAGAUGCCAACACAAACCAUGGUGAUCCAUGCAGAACAUGAUGUUAAUUCUACUAAGAGGCCCUUUAAAACAUGAUAGCUGUCUGAAGACUGGAGUGCUGCCAAAGGAAGCAUCUAGCAGCUCUGAUGUUGUCUAUCCAAGUACUAGAGACAAAGUAUUGCUUUGAAUGGGUAACUUCAGGGUUUCUCCCUGCUUCCUUAUUAAGUAGAGAAUUGGUUCUUGUUUUGAAAAUUAUCCUGUGUAGACCAAAAGAAAUCUGUCUUGUUUUUAAAGAAGUGGGGAAAACAAGGUGGAUUAAAAAGUGCUUACCAAUUUUCCCCCUCUGACCCAAGGAUAUUGCCAAUUCAAUUUUUUAAAUGAUUGUUACUCAAAGUUAAAAUAUUAUAGUUUGUUUUUUAAAAUGGUAUCAUGCCAUUGCCACCAGUAAUCUGGUUCAAGUAAGAUAUAGUGUAAUUUGUUUAAUGUUGAGUGAAUGGAUUUUCAAAAUACAUUCAUAUGACUUCAGAAAGCAUUGGAUAUAGAGGGUAUUUAUGAAUGUGAUCUAUUUAACAGCACAGAACAGAGAGGAAAUUCCUACAUUUCCCACAUGUUGAAAGAGACCUGAAAAUGAGCCCCCUUUUGGAUAGCAUAUAAACUGGAAUACAAGGUUUGCUUCUUCACAUCAGAUUGGGGCUUUGACAUUCAAAAUCUGGCAUUUGCAUUAAUAUUUAAAAUCUUGAGUAACUAAUAAAAUUAAAUUGCCUCAAUAAAAAAGUGGCAGGUCCAGAAAUUGUCUUGCCAAUUGGCUAAACCCAUUCUCCCUUAAUAAACGGAGGAAAAUGAGAUAAAAAUUGAAGACUUGCCUGUUUGAGUCAUUUGUAAUUUGACUUUCCUGAGAAUUAUCAUAGAUCUUUCAGAAAUUAAUUCUCCAAUUUUGUAAUUACUUUGUUUUAUCUAACAAUACAAAACAAGAUCUGUUAUAAAUUCUAGCAAAAUUCCAAUUUCUGUGCAAAAGGAAUGGAUCUUUCAAAUUUAAACAGAGACUAAAGAUAAAGAAGGUAGAGAAACAAUCUAUCUUAAUUUUUCAGUAUUGCGUGGAGCAAAUACUUAACUGUACAACAACAAAAACAAACAUUGAACUAUUAAUUAAAGGGCUUUGUAAUUUAAUUGUUUUCAGUCAAAAUUGAUAAUUUUUAUGAAAUUGGAUUAAAGUGAAUCUAUCCUUGAAAACAAUUAGUUUUUUUUUUUUUUUAAGUUAAUUAUUCCAUUGGCAGAGGAGAGAUUACACUCUCUCAAAGUUUCCAUAUUCCGGUCCAUGGGAAAACAGCUACUAAGAUAUUAAUAACCAUUCUUCCAAAAAAUAGUCCCAGAAGCUAAGUUGGAGAAUGCUGCAUUCUAUAACCACCUCUUGGAAGUUCCAAAUCCAUGUGAGCCUCAUAAAUACUCCAAAAGUUCCUGUAAACAAGAUUUCUCUUUAAUGUUGUUUGUCUUGGGGUUUCUCUAACUUACUUGAGCAUGGAGCACUUCUUUUCAUGUCUUAACUGUUAUCUGGAAAAACCAGUUCUGCAGAACCCACUUUGGUCAACAUUAAACUAAAAUAUAGCAUGUUUCUGAAAUAUUCCUAAACCCAAUGUUCCUAACAAAAGAAAAAUUGUGUAUUUGAAUUGGGCUCCAGUAGAUUAAGAAAAAAACAAAAAAUAAAACAUACUUCUUGUUAUAUAUGAUCUGAUUAUAUAAAUGUACUGGCCAGAUAUUUCUAGGAGAACUUUCUGCCCGAAGCAUCAUAAUCAUGGAUUUAUAGGUAAUUGCUCAUUCAAUUUUCUACUCUCUCACAGUUGGAGCAGAUCUUAGGUUCCUUUAUACAUCUGCAAAGCUCUCAUCUUGGGCUCCUCUGCCUGGAGUUUUGGGCUCUAGGAUUCAGUUUCACAAAAGGAGCUUGCCCUCGUGACUUCAGAUUACCUCUUUGUAAGAUCUAACUAGGUCAUGCAGAGAUGAACAGCUCAGACCAGCACGUGGCCAAAUUUUCCCGUUAGGAGCCAUCUCUGAGUCAUCUUCCCAGAGGAUUUUUCUCUUAAGAAGUUGUUUAGCCCAGCAUUUAGUACUUGGGCAACCAGAUAUUUGUCUGUGUAUACUCAGCAUUUCCAGAAAAGUAUUCAUUCUCUCUAGACAUUAAAUCUCUAGAAAGAAGAAUUGCCUGAUGGUCCGAAACAAUUGACCCAGGCCCCAAAAUGUCUGCAACCAUCUUAUGGUAACUCACCAAAUGAUGUGCUUAUGUGUUGCUGGCAAGGGAUUUCUCCUCUUGCAAAUUCUCAUGUUACUCACUUUUUAAAACCUCUUUCAUUUUCAUUGUGUUUAUCAUUGAGUUUUCUAAAUAUUCUCAAAGUUUGAAAAUGCCAAGUAUUGUAUUGCCAAGACUGGUACUUCCUAGGUUCUGAGGACACCUGUCAGAACUCCAACUUUGUUCAACUUUCUAGAAAGUUUGCUCAUUGCCAAACAGCUCCCCAGUAGAACAAAGACAUUCAGAAUUUGCUCUAAGGUGGAUUCUUUUUUUCUUUGUUCUAUCAAACUUUCUGUUCUCAGUUCUUAGAGGAGCUCAGAAAUAUAAUAGAAAAAUAUUUAAAUCGCAUCUGCAUUGAAGCCUGCCUUUUGUCAUUUUCCAAGACUCAGGUAGGAGCAAAAUAUCUGUACAAAAGAGAAGAAAAAUUGAUCAUGGAGAAGAGAAAUUGAGUAGAGCCCCAAGUAAAUUAACUUACCCUGACAGGGUCUCCCUUCAUCUGCAUGUCUGUCAAGACAUUUGUUUUAACUGCAGGGACUGUGCUCAGAAGCUGUUCAACACAGAAUGUGUCUUGGGGCUUUCUAGGAAAGAACAAAAAUACAUUAUUUUCAGUUUUAGAAGGCUAAGAAGUAACAAAAGAUAUAUCGAGAGUUUAAAGAAAGGUUGGAGGGAGACACUGGAUCCAUUUUAAUUAUAUUCCCUUUAUUACUAAUUUUGAUAGUUUUCUUCAAACUAAAGAAAAAUCAGAGCUUAUGUUCUUCUUUAACUUUCAGAGGAGUCUUUUAUACCAGCAGUUCCCUGUGUCCUGCUCAACCUUAUAUAGCUCACAUGAGCUAUUCCACAUGAAUUUGUGGCAUGUAAACCUAGUAACAAAACCUUUGGGACCAAAGCCAUUCACUCUACAUGGUAAUUAGGCAAAUAUUUAUCAUCUUUGUUGCUGGGAUUAAGGUAUGAGAUGCUCCCCAUUAGACUAUACAUCAUAUGCCUGGUUAUUUCCACUGGCUUUGCAACACUGGCUUUGGAAGUUCCAUACUUUCUGACAAAAAAUCCUUGAUAUUUUCUGAUUGAAGAGUUUUGGAGCCUUUGUGUGUGGAAAGCCUUGAGGAAUGAAAUAUUAUCUGACUUGUUGAUUUUAGAAUUGCAUCUUUAGGUUAGGCAAUAGCUUCUUGGUACUUUAGCACACUUGACAUGACUCUCUCAGUUACUCCUUCAGAAGCCAUUCCCAUUCUCAGUUACUCCUUCAAGAGCCUUUUCAUUCUUACUCCAGAAAAAGUAGGACAACAGGGGAAGGACAACCUCAUAGCUUAAGUCUACAAGGUCAAAAUGAUAGCCUUGACAUUUGGACAACUUACCCAACAAAAACUGGGUCUAGGGCCAUAAGUCUGGACUUAUAAGGUGUUAGCCAAGUAAACUAUGCUUUAAAUGAACAAUGAUAGGUUUUCAAGUCUGAAGAUGGUUUGUCUGUUUUGGGAGGAGUGAAUGUAGCUGCAAAUGUUCUAAAAAAAAAAAAUGUGAGAGAAUGAAAACUGCUUAUCUUUUGUAAGCUUUUCAACAGAUUGCCCAAAACAAAAUACUUGCA